AUGAAAGUGCCCAGCAGCGAAUUGCUCAGAACAGAUCCCUAUUCUUCAGUGAGACGUGACUAUGCACCUGGAAUUAAUAUCUGUACAGAACCCCAGGAAGGCUACAUCGAUUCAGAGGUAGCCACAAGAACAAAGCGAAGAAAGAAAUUAUUUAUGUUUUAUCUUUGCUUAAAUGAAAAUAGGGCUAAGGAAACAUUUGUUUACCUAAUUACAAUUAAACUGGAUCAAAAUAUGAUCAUAGUUGUGGCAUCAUUUAUGUUAUGGUCUGGUUUUUCAAUUCAGAUCUUAGACAAGAUUGGUAUUUGUUGUAAUGGCACCCAAGACUGUGGCCUCAAUCACCAGCGUGAGCAAGACAGAGUAAAAUGGGAGAGUGGAGGCUCAAGUCAGGCAGAUAAAACCCUAUUCCUGUUUCCAGCUUUCUCUCUGAAAAGCCGUGGCACUCUGGGCAUGCCACCUUACCUCUCUGAGACUUGGUCUGUUCAGCUUCAACACUGUGGAGCAUCUAUAAUCGUGGCAAUAGCCAACAAAGAAUGGCUACUAUUGCCUUUAAUUGCCAAGAGUGGCGGAGAGAUCAAGAAUGUGUUCACCCUGGAUGACAAUCGUCUUUGUCUCAAUGUCGUUAGACAGGGCCAGCCAGGCCUCCAGGGCCCUCCUGGUCAAAAAGGUGAUAAGGGAGAGCAAGGUGACCAGGGACCUCGGGGUCUGCCAGGCUUCCCCACGGUUGCCGCUCUGCACACUAAUCAGAUCCUGACCGUCAAGGGUGACCAAGGCCAGGCUGGGCCCCCAGGCCCCCCAGGCCCUCCAGGUCCAAGGGGUCCCCCUGGGGACACAGGAAAGGAUGGUCCCCGGGGAAUGCCAGGAGUGCCCGGUGAGCCAGGGAAACCAGGAGAACAAGGCUUGAUGGGUCCUCUGGGGCCUCCAGGACAAAAGGGUUCGAUUGGGGCACCUGGGAUUGCAGGGACAAAUGGACAGAAGGGUGAUCCUGGGUUGCCUGGAACAGUAGGACAGGAUGGAAUACCAGGGCCCAAGGGAGAACCUGGAGAACAAGGUGAAAAGGGAGAUGCUGGAGAGAACGGUCCCAAAGGUGACUCAGGAGAAAAGGGUGACCCUGGAUCUUCUGCGGCAGGAAUCAAGGGUGAACCCGGAGAAUCUGGCCGCCCAGGACAAAAGGGUGAACCCGGGCUUCCUGGGCUUCCUGGACUUCCGGGGAUCAAGGGAGAGCCAGGUUUCACUGGUCCUCAGGGAGAACCAGGCUUACCAGGACUGCCAGGAACAAAAGGUGAACGAGGAGAGGCUGGACCUCCAGGAAGAGGCGAACGAGGAGAACCAGGCGUCCCAGGACCCAAGGGGAGACCAGGUGAAUCAGGAAGUAGAGGCCCGAAGGGGUCAAAGGGUGAUCGUGGAGACAAAGGGGACUCAGGAACAAUGGGACCAAGAGGACUACCUGGUCAAAAAGGGGAUCCAGGAGCCACUGAGAUCAUAGACUACAACGGCAAUCUCCACGAAGCCUUGCAGAGGAUCACCACCUUAACUGUCACGGGCCCCCCUGGACCUCCUGGACCUCAAGGAUUACAAGGGCCAAAGGGAGAACCAGGAUCUCCAGGAACCCCAGGAAUCGAUGGAGAACAGGGACUCAAAGGCUCCAAGGGUGACAUGGGAGACCCAGGUUCACCGGGUGAAAAAGGAGGCAUUGGACUUCCUGGAUUACCGGGUGCCAAUGGGAUGAAGGGAGAGAAAGGAGACUCCGGCUUGCCAGGUCCUCAAGGCCCUUCUAUCAUAGGCCCCCCUGGCCCACCGGGUCCCCACGGCCCCCCAGGCCCCAUGGGACCCCAUGGACUCCCAGGACCAAAGGGCGACCCAGGGUUAAAUGGUGUUAAAGGACUGAAGGGUGAACCAGGUCAAAAGGGUGACAGAGGACCUCUUGGUCUUCCAGGAGCAUCUGGCUUAGACGGGAAGCCAGGAUCCCGGGGUACAGAUGGUGCCAUGGGACCCCAUGGCCCUGCAGGUCCCAAAGGAGAAAGAGGUGAAAAAGGAGCUGCAGGGGAGCCCGGCCCCAGAGGUCCCUACGGCCUGCCCGGGAAAGAUGGAGAGCCGGGUCUGGAUGGCUUCCCUGGUCCACGAGGAGAGAAAGGUGACCUGGGGGAAAAAGGCGAGAAGGGGGAAAAGGGAAAGAAAGGCAAAAAGGGGCCCAAAGGGGAGAAAGGAGAACAGGGUGCCCCUGGAUUAGAUGCACCUUGCCCGUUGGGGCCUGAUGGACUACCCAUGCCUGGCUGUUGGCAAAAGGGGGUGACACCGUGGCUUAUAGCCAAAAAGAGAUGAGGUGGCAGAGAGCGUGCGCAAACAAGCCGUCUUGUAUUUUGAGGGAGCUGCCGACCCACUGCAGAUGGACAGCUUCCGGUUUUGUGGGCUCACCACGGCCCUCUGGGCUUGAAAUAUCAAGAGGGUCGAGCCGCCUGCUGCCGCAGCUUCUCUUGGGCCGCCCUUGACCGUGAAGAAGAGGCAAAAGGAGCACCCAGCGGUGUCCUGCGCUGGCAGGAAAGAAGUUUACAAACGCAGGCACCCAGAACAGCAGAAACCUUUUCUUUUUUGCUGGGAAACUAGACCCCAGACAGUGUUCAGAGGGCUGCUUUUUGGAACGUGACAGAGGCACAGAGCGCUGAUUUGGGAUAGGAGAUUCUUGGAGUGGCAACCUCUGGUUCUGAGGACAAGUAAUGGCAGUAUUUCCCCCCCCAAAAAAAAAAAAAAAAAAAAAGCUACGGGGGCUGAAGAAAGCCUUUCUUGAGACCAGGGGUCUGUCAGAGUAACCUCUCCUGAAGAUGUCAGAGAGCUCAGCCCACUGUCUUCGGCUCAGACCAACAUGAGAGCUUCCCUUUCUUCUGAAAGCCAACCCCUUUCCAGAAUUUUCUACAUGUUCUCAAAAUAGAAAGAUGUUUUCCAUUUUUUUAAUGCAUUUUCUCUUCUGUUUAAAAAAAAUUGUUUUUUUUUCUAGUCCCAGGAACUAUUAAGAAAAACUUUGCUUCCAUUUUUUUUUUUGUCACAUGUUUGGAACCUUUAUCGCUGUUUCUUCUUAAAGAAAAGUCUUCAAAUCCUAACAGCUUGGCACUCCUCUCCCCAGUCAAGAUGACCCUUCACUAGAGCUUUUUGUUCAUUCUGAAAAAUUGGAGAGAAUGUAAGAGAAGUUCUGCUUUCACUUCAGUUAUUGUAUCAAAGUUAAACAAUUUUUCAGCGCUUUUUCUUAAACAUUUUUUUCUUAGGAUGAAUAUAACAGACGUAAGUGAUUGUGAUGAAGUGUCACUUAUGAUAAAGUCGACAUUUGGUCACACUUAAAAGUAUUGAUUCAUUUCUAUUACUUGUAAUUCUGUUUCUAUAUAUAAGUUUUUGUUUAUAUUUAGAUUUCUUUAUCCUAUUUGAACAUUUCUAAGUGUUUAACUUCUCCUCUUAGCCACAGACCAAAUCUGAGUUCUCAGAAAGCUGUGAAAUAUGGUUGUCAUAGAGUUUUUGGUUUUUUUUUUUUGCCCAAAAGUUACCAAACUGUAUUAGACUGAUCUUUUCUUUGACAGUGAAGAAUUGGUAGCAUUUUUUUAAAAAUGACUAGUUCUUAGUAGAAGGCUUACACUAGAACAAACAUCAAUGAAGACUAGUCACUCUGGAGGAGGAAUUAACUCAUCACUGGCUAAUGGUGAUAGUACUUGAGAUAGGAUUCUGAGAUGAGAGUCCUAAGACCUUUAUGAACUCACAAAUGCUUACUUAAGUAGAAAGCCUUCUUAUUUUCAUUAAGCUUUUGAAGUUGGAAAGGCAUUCAAACGGUUAAAUCAAUCUACUGAGAAUUGGUACCAUUGUUACUAACAUUCCAGAUUCCAAAGUCAAUUUGGCAUUUUUAAAAUAACAGCGGGCAUUUUCUAACCAUCUCUUAUAUGAUAUGGUUAGGAAUAGAUACAGUUCAUUGUCUGAAGUAAUUUGUCUUAUUUGGUUUGGAAAAAAAAAAAAAAAGAACUAUAGUAUCUUGAAGAUACCAGCUGUGGUGUCUUGAGAGAAAAAAAAUCUGGUGACUGUAUUUCUUCCUGUCUUUUUUCUGUAAUAGGCAGAGAUAUUAAGACAGGUCGCUAUGUAAAACUUCACAAAGGAGGCUACCUCAGUACCAGAAGAGAAGUAUUUUAACUACAGCUUUUAAACACAUCCCUUUAAGAAUACUAUCCUCUAUUCUAUGUAUAGUGGAGUUUUGCUCUCUAAUUGAAUUGACGACAGUGACUUUUAUUCCAUGAUUAAUGGAAGUUAUAAACUCCCCUUACAUCUGUUCCCUAGGGAAAAAAAAACAAAUGGAUGAUGGUUAUUGCUUUUUGUUUAGUGCAGUUACUAAGUUUUAACCACAUAGUUCAUCUUAAGCUUUUGGUUACGAAACUAUUUGAAGCAUCCAUUCUGUCAUUGAUACAGAGAGAAACCUCCAUCGCCACUGAAUGAACUGUAAUGGUUAAUAUAUGUGUUGGCAGGUACAUAUUUUUCUUAGAGAUUCCUUUUUUUAUUAUUUAUAUUUUUGGAUAGAGACUUGAGAAAAAAUAUGUGAAGUACACAUUGGAAUUAAGAUCAGGUUCUAAUUCUGAUAGGAAUCUUUUAAGGAUGCCAAAUUGACAUGUGUUUUAGCUUUAAACUUAUUCUCCAUUUACAUUGGUGCUAAUGUAUUUCUUCACUUGUCCUCUGUGGAUAAUGCGAUUCAACUGUGGGUAAUUUCAUCUCUCUGUUUAAUAGCAUUCCUAAACUCUACAUGUCUGUUUUUUUUAAUCCUUAAAGCUCAUGAAUUUACUACUAUAAUGAUGGUUCAAUGGCCAGUCCUUCUUAAUGUAAAACAAAACAGAACAGUAGUCGAUGUGUGUCCACUGGGCUUAUGAAUCCUCAGAGUUCAUGUUCAUUUCAUGUAGCGUAAACUUUAUUAACUUUCACUCUCACCUCUGACCUUACGUCAUUUAAACAUGACAAGGCCAGAGUCAGACAAUCUGCACAUGCUCACAGAGUCCCCGUCACACAAUAUGCCUGAGUUUUUAGAAAAAACAGCCUGGGAAGAUUUUUUUUCUUUCUUUCUUUCUUUCUUUCUUCCUUUCUUUCUUUCUUUCUUUCUUUCUUCAAUGAUUUUAUAGAAAAUGUAAGAGUUAUUUUCUUUUUGAUUUCUACCAAAGAAGAGUCUGUACUGCACUUACUUCCUGUGAUGAUACUCUAAGAAGACAGUAAAAGCUUAAGCUUUCUAUUGGUUCUGCAUUUCCUUUGUCUACAGUCUGUGUGUAAGGAGAUGGAUACAGACCAAUUUGGGAAAUUACUAAGUCAGUGAACAUCUCAGUAUACCUAUGGAACAAUUGUCUUUGGUAUCUUUUUUUACUUGGAAAAUGUGCCUCACUUUCCAAAUUAUUUUUCAUGUUUCUGUUGUAGCAUAACACUAUUUUUUCAUCCUUUUUUUUUUUUGCCACAAGAUACUAUCUCAUCCAGAAAUGUAUCUUGAUUAUAUGCUGUAAGUGAUGAUUUGACAUCUUUUCAUAGAUGAUGAUAGGAAUAGACAGAUGUGAAUAUCUGAAACUUUCUUUUUCUGUUUUUUAGAUAAUCAAAUUAUAUCAAUAUUUAGAACUAUCAAAAAUUAUUUUUUCUAUUUUUCUACCAAAACAAAUAAGACACACACACACACACACACACACACCAGGUCUCAAAAUACAAAGUUACAAAAACCAACAACUUUCUAAGCUCAUAUUCUUCAAGAUAAUAAUUAAGAUCAAUGUCCUGUGAUGUGGGCUGUUAAAAUCAUGCAGUCCUAGUGGUGUUAAUAUGACUGACCAGCUGUAAUUCUGCUGAAUAUUUCAGAAUAAUUCCCCUUGCUUUUUCUGAAAUAUAUUGAUACUGCAUAGAUUACUAUAGUAUCUUACAAAAUGCUCUCCCAACUUAAGUUUUUUUGUGGAUUUUGUCUUUGCUAAUGUAAGACUGAUACAUUAAUAAUAUUUCUGAUUUUUAAGUAAUUUAAAUGCAUAAAAUUCCAUGCACUUCUCAUUGGCAGAACUGUCCUUUGGGGGAAUAGGAAUACUUUCUCAACCUUACCAGUUAUAUUUGACUUAGUGAUUACAGAGAAAGUAGCAACACUUCUCAGAAAAAUGCAGUGAGUAUUCUUAUAUAUCUCUGAAAUUAAUAGAUUGGAUUCACAAAAGAAUGUCUUAACAUAUUGUUGACAUCUAUGUGAAUAUUCUUUAUAUUGUUGUAAAUGUUUCAUGCAACCUAAUAAUGAUCAAAGAUGUACGUAUCUGAUUUUCCUUUAGAAAAUAUAGUUUUAUUUGUAUUUUUUACAUUUUAAAGUUCAUCUCUAUGCGCAGCUAUUUUUAUAUUGCCAAAAAGAAUCACAUAAAUACAAAGUAAGAAAGUGAAAAAAAAUAUUUUGGCAAGCAUUACACUGCGUAUUUUUCUUAACAUUUUGUGGGCCAGUCUCAUGUGAUUGAUUAUUCUAAGAAUGUGCUGUGUCUUGUCACUGUAAAUAUGACACAACCCUGUUUCCUUUGUAGUGUGUAAAUAAUUGAAAGAUUGAAUUCUCCCUGUUUGACUUCUUAUUUCACUGCCAUGAUCGUUUCUGCAGUUGACAUUGCUGAAUCAAGAGACUUUUUUUUUUAAUUAUUUGCAGUGUAAAGAUAAUUGCUUUGUGUUCAAAGUUUUCUUCUUCUUUUUUUAAAUUUACCUUUGCAGCUUGUUUUCAGGGUUCUUAAUUUGUGAGAAGUUGAUCUUCAGAAUUAUUUUUACACUAUUUAUGACUUAUUUUCAUAAUGUAUAAAGUGUGUAAGUAUGACACUAUUCAUCCAAACAGUUGUAUGGUAACUGUAUUAUUAUAAAGCUUCCUUGAUGUUCA